AUGAAUGUCGAUUACCAUAACCGUAAAACAUCAUUACGUGCUAAAAUAUUAAAAAAUGAAGAACAACGUAUAUUACUUGAACAAAAACUUCGACAAAUGUCUACAGUUGAUUCACGUGUAAAACGUUUUCAAAUUCAACAAAUUCAAUCUUAUUUCAAUAAAGUGUACGCAGAAUCAGAACGUGCUGAAAAACGAAAUAUGUCCCUAUUACAAGAUUUGAAUAGUGCCGAACAACAUUUAGAACAACUACGCUUAAAUGCCGAAAAAUUAGUUCAUUUAAAACAAGAUUAUCAAUAUUAUUUACAACAAAAUUAUCCAAAUUGGAAACUAUCUACAACAUUAACUGAACCAUCACAACAAAAGCAACAAUUUUAUAAUCCGUACGAUAGACUAGCACAAGAAAUUAAACAGAAUAAACUAACAACAGAUCAAAAUAAUAACAAUCAGCUACAUCAACAACAAAGAUUAAACAAUGAAGGGAAUAUCAGACAAGAAAAUACAUUAGAUGAUGUUCAUUAUCGUUCGAAUCGAUUUCCCAGUCGUAGUCAAUCGUAUGAUGUUGAUUCAACAAUGUUAUUUAAAAGAUAUGAAGAUCAACUAAAAGUUGGUUUUGAUCUUACUCUCUCACCACCAACUCUGUUAGAUCUUCGGUCACCCCCUGUUGUUGCAGCCACAAAUCAGCAGUCACCUACUAUUACAAAGCCACCAUCAUUCAACGAUACCCACGAUCAAAUUAAUCAUUUAGGCGAUUUGUCACCAGAUAUGGAGGGAGCUAAACUAUCAGAGAAACAAUAUCGGUCAAAUACUCAACAUCAACAACAUCAAGACAAUUCAUUUAGUGAUCAUGUGACACAAUCCCGAGAAUCAGCUGAUACAUUAUCGAAUUCAAAUCAUCAUCGAAAAGGUUCAUUACGUAUGGAAUUAAAUCGAUCCGGUUUAGAAUUUUCAUUAGAUUUUAUGCAGAAUGAAUUACAAAAUACAUUAGAUCAAAAAAAAUAUUAUCGACAUGAUACGCCAACCAUUAUGCAGCGAAAAAAAAUUUUAAACGGUGCUAAUGAACGAAAUCGUGCGAUAUUGGCAGAAUAUGGGCCGGCUGCAGUGUCAAUGGUUGUUUUGGACCAAAUGACAUCCACAAUCAGACGUUAUACAAUACAGAAAUGUUUAUUUACAGAUGAAAUAUUAUCAUUAAAUAUCAAAGAUGUAAAUAAAGAUAUUGUCUUCCAACGAUUAAAUCAAAUUGAUCCAAGUGGCGCCACGUUGUGGAACGUAUUGAUUGAACAUUUUAUAUUCUUACAACGUCGACAUGUCAUGAAUAUUCCGACUAUAGCAAAAACAUUUGCUCGUACUCUCAUAUCUAAAACAUCAGAAGCAUUAGAGAAGGCCGAGUCACUUCUGAUACAUAUUCUGGAAAAAUUUGUUCGAGAUCGUACAUCAUCGUCGUCAUCCGAUGAGGAAAAUGAUAAUUUUAAGAAAUCACAACCACAACCACAACAACAACAACAACAACAAUACGGACAACAAGUCAAAAAUAAAAAUAUCAAAUCAAAAUCAUGGCUUGACAAAAUAGCUGAUGGUGAUGAUGAUGAUUAUAAUUCAACAGAAUCGUCAUCGUCAAAAAGCAAACCAAUGAAGAAAAGUUUUGAAACAUCCGAAGCCGGUAAACGAUGGCUAUCAAAUGAAAAAAAUGUACAACCACAAGAAGACAGUGAUAUGGAAUUUUAUAGCUAA